AAUGGUCAACUUUUUUCUUGGCUGGACAAUAGAAAAUCCGUCGACGAUGUUUUCAAGCUGCUAAAGCUUCGCAGGGACAAGUACCUGGCUCUUGCUAGCCGGAAGAUGGAG